UUCAGGUUAGGACUCCCGUUGGCUGUUGGUGGAGUAACCGGAGGAAAGCGGCGGCUCGGUCGUCCAAACUCGGGAGAAAACAACGUGAAAUCAGACGUGUUCGUCUCCGGAAAACCAAACUAGUGGGGGAUUUAUCUGGAGCCUGACCUCGGAUAAGAACGGUAUCGAUCUUUUUAGUCGACCUGAUUGAUCGCGGAGUGUGUGUGUUGUCGUUUGGGGAGCAAACACACACACACACACACACACACACACACACACACACAGUCACAGGUUGCUAGCGGAGUAAGCUAGCUGCGGUUAGCUGUGUUUUCCCUCUACCGGCCGGGGCUCAACUUUAAAAAAAAAACCCUCUCAGACAUUUUCCAGACAGUCUGCUCUAUGAUUCAGGCAUGAUGUGGUGUUUUUUCGGAGGUGUAUCAAGUUGGCCGGCUGGUAGUAUCGGCUGACUAAAAGCCUCAAAUUGUCGACCUGGAUUUUUUUUUUUUUUAACUCCUGUGUGAUUUUUUUUUCUUCUUCUUCUGUUUUUUUGGCUCUUUUUUUUUUUUUUUUUAAAGGUGAACUUUGCCCUCGGGGUGUUGUAACUCUCUCUCCCUUUAUAAAAUCAAUAGAAAAAAGGGCCACCUUGGAGUAUUUCAGAACUUGUCGGGAAGUUUUGUUGCUGGACGUAAAAAAAAAAGUUUGGGAAGUUCAGGAGGAUUUUUUCCGAGCUUGUGGAAAAAUGGAUGCGGGUAUAGAGAAGGAAUGCAGCGCCUUGGGAGGGCUCUUCCAGCUCAUCAUGAACGACAUGAAGGCCAGUUAUCCCACAUGGGAGGACUUUGUGAGCAAAGGGGCCAAACUACAAUCACAGCUCAGGACGACCAUCAUGGUGACUGGAGCCUUCCUCGAUGCUUUUCAGAAGGUGGCAGACAUGGCGACCGGGACCAGAGGUGCCACCAAGGAGAUCGGCUCAGCGCUAACCAGGAUGUGUAUGAGACAUCGCAGCAUCGAGUCCAAACUCAAACUGUUCACCACAGCUCUCUCAGAAAGUCUCAUCACACCGCUCGAGUUAAAGAUGGAGGAGUGGAAAAAAGUGGCCAGUCAGCUGGACAAAGACCACGCCAAAGAGUACAAAAGGGCCAGAGCGGACAUCAAGAAGAAAUCCUCAGACACAAUCAAACUGCAGAAGAAGGUGAAGAAAGGGAAGGACGAGGCUCGGGGUCAGCUGGACAGCGCGCUGCAGGACGUAAAUGUGCGUUACGCCGUCCUGGAGGAGACGGAGAAACGUGCCGUGUGCCGAGCUCUGAUAGAAGAACGAGCUCGAUACUGCGGCUUCGUCAGCAUGCUGAAGCCCGUGCUGGACCAUGAGAUCAACAUGCUGGGCGAGGUGACACACCUGCAGACGAUUCUGGAAGAUCUGACCAACCUGACAGCCGAGCCCAACAAACUCCCAGCAGCCAGCGAGCAGGUGAUUUUGGACCUGAAAGGUUCUGACUUCAACUACACCUAUCAGACACCUCCAGCGUCUCCUAGUAACACUAUGUCCAGGAAGAGCAGCAUCAGCAGUAACUACCAGUCAGUGAGACACGUUCCCUCUUUGGACUCCAUCAGCUGUGCUGUCGACGGAGUUCACAUCCAGGAUGCGGUCGGCUCCACCAAUCAGCUCGCUGCUGGGGGGAGCGGAGCAGCGGAGAACGGCUUAUUAGCCCCCCCACACAAUGCAUACACACACCAUGGAGAGAGAGCCCGAGCCCUCUCUGCGUCUGGGAAGUCUUGCUCUGCCCGGGAUCAGCUGGCGUUGACGCUGGGUGCGUUGAAUUCGGACGCCCCGAGGAGCAGCAGGGACUCUCUGCACUGCUCCAGCGGCUACAGCACUCAAACCACCACCCCAUCCUGCUCCGAGGACACCAUACACACACACACUGUGAGGAGAGAUCCUCCAAUCUAUGUCGACUACGAGUCCAUCUCUCUGCACGGAGACGUCGACUCCAUCUCCUUACAUCACCUCUCCCACGGAAACAGCCAAUCAGACUUCGACAAAUCCUCCACCAUCCCCAGGAACUCUGACCUCAGCUUCCAGUACAGGAAGUUUGCUCAGUCGAAGCGCCCCGCCUCCACCGUCAGCCUAUUGGCCGAGCCGGAGAAGAUGGGCGGGUCCGUUCGCCAGCUGCCGUCGCACACGGCGACCAUCAGGCGCAAGCCGUCGUCCAAACCGGCGUACCGCAGAGGGACGAUCAGCGGAGGAGUUCCCAUCCCCAUCUCCACGCCGCAGGUUCCCCUCAAAGCUCUCGGAGGGAACGGAGGCAGUGAUGAACACGUCUUCAUAGCGCCCCCUGCUGGAGGAGCCGGAGGUUUAGGUUACAGUAAACUCUGCACCUCCACACAGAGCCUCAGUGCUUUACCGCCCCCCUCACCGUACUACCAGCUGGUCCCAGGCCAGAUGCCCAUCCCGGUGCCAGUGCCCACUGUACCCUCCCUGCCACCAGAGGGCAUUAACGCCAAGCAGCAGCAACAGAGACAGUACCAGCAACAACAGGCACAGUACCAGCAGCAACUACAGGCGCAGUACCAGCAGCAACAACAACAGCAGCAACUACAGCAACAGCAACUACAGGAGAAGUACCAGCAGCAACAGCAACUACAGCAACAGCAGCAACAGCAACUACAGGCGCAGUACCAGCAGCAACAAAUCAAACAACAAUUAAAUCAUCAACAACAACGUGGUCAGAUCCAGGAGCAAAUUCAGAUUCAGCAGCAACCGCAGCAGCAGCAAUAUCAACAUCAGCAACAAGUUCAACAACAGCAGCAACCAUUGCAACAUCUGCAUUACCAACAGGACCCGUAUCAGCAGCAGCAGGAGCAGCUGAACCAGCAGCAGAAACAGAAGGUCUUCCAGCAGCAGUACCAGGUGGACUUCCCCGCCCCCGUCUCCCAGGGAGAGCCCCCCGGUCUGGGCCACCACAGCGCUCACUACCAGCCCCAGCUCCCUCCACCCUCCAGCCACGAGCCGGAGCAGGUGAUCCAAGAUGGAGGAGGAGGAGGAGGAGGAGGAGGAGACAUGCUGAGCAAGAUCAGAGGAGUGCGGCUGAAAAGGACCCUCACUAACGAUCGCUCAGCCCCCCUCCUGCCCCCGCCGACCAAUCACAAAUGAGGCUGAAUUCUUUUCUUCUCUUUUUUUUGUCCUGCUUCCUGCUGGACUCUGUAAUGACUUUCUGUUAUAGACGAACUAUUGACAGAUUAUCGCUGGAACUCGACCUGUGUCUUAUUUUUAUUUCUAAACUUCUGCUUCCGUUUAGAGAUUGUUUGAAACGUUUUCAGACUGCAUCGUCUCAUUUCUAGUUUCUGCAGCGACCAUCUUUUUGCCUUUUUUUUGUUCAUGUUUUCUUUUCGCUUGCGCAUAAAGUUUCCCGUCUGACCCAGGCUUCCUAGAACUGUUUUAGUUAAGAGAUCAUUUAUUCGACACACAGGACACUUUUUUUAGUGUCUCAGAUCCUCUUCAAUCCCGGGCGUGUUUGAUUUACCUUCGUCUAGACUCCCCGACGGGUGGGGUUUAGAAGUAAUCCAGUGCAGUAGAUCCACUCUGUCGCAUGGUUGAACCAUGUGGUGUGUUUGCUGGCUGCGGGUCGUCUCAGAGAGUCAAAAAUAAAUGGACACUUUGAAUUUACUGGAUAUAAAUGUUGACUCAGUCGUAGAUUGUAUAAAUGUUAGAACAAACAACUUUGGGAGCAGCUUUGGGGGGGGGGGUAAAUAUUUUUGCUUUAUGACAUUUUUUCUUUGAUACCUGAACUGAAGAUUUUGAUUCUCUCUCAUGUGAUUUCCUGACAUGUCCUCUCCUCUGGGAUGCCAAAUGGUGCCGGCUGCUUUUUGCGCAAAAAUGUUUCAAAUGUUACUGAGUGUGAAUGUUCGGCUCGCUGUGUUUUCAUAAUCAGCUGAGAGAGGAGAUGAAGACUGUUUGCAUCUUUUAGAGGCAACAUGUUGUCAACGAUGAAUCGCACUAUCGCUGAGAACAAAGCGGGCUGAGACGCAGAAUCACAAAGACUGUGACUGUGAUAAAGGGGGGCUGGUCAAACCUGCAGGAGGCGUUCAGGCGUGUGAGGAUUUGUGGGAUUUUUUAAAAGUACACACCACACAAAUAUGACGACUCUGCGACUGCAACCUAAGAAAAUAUAUUUUUUAAUCUCAAUAAUUUAUUUCCUAGAGCCUGAGUCAUCAAACAUUUCUGAGGCUGAUAAGACCAAUUCAUAUAUUUUAUGCAAACACGUUUGAAAAGUCCGAGAUCUGUUCUGAACAUGUUCUGAACAUGUUUUCAUUGUUUAGCUUCUCUAGUCGUUAGAAACAUAAACAUGCUAAUAGUUCAAUUAGCGAAUCUAACUGGAACUGUUUCCCUGAGUUAACAUACCGUAUGGCCUGAAAUAUAAGUCUCACCGGUGUAUAAGACGCAGUCUGAUUUUGGAGGGAAAAAAGGUUAAACUGUCGUCCUGCUGUGAGGAUUUCAGCAAAGUCUAAAACGUUCAGUUUGUGUGCAGCUCUGUUGCUCUCUAUGUACACUUUGUUUUCUCUUUGUGGAGUUUUCUCUCCUAUUAGCUGCAGUACGGUAGUCGAGCUGUCAGCCUGCGGUGAAAGUUUUCAAUCAGUCUUUCAAUCGCUCCUCCAAAAUGGCUGUGCUUACGCCUUUGCUGUCCCAAAACUCUGCUGUCUCCCUUGAAAGGAAAAAAAUAACUCUUCUGUGUGUUUCUGUUUCCAUAGCAACAGGAUCUGCUUUGUUAAAUAAAGAAACCAGAUUCUUGAGUUGAACUUUUUUUAAAUUUAGCUCCGCUCACCAAAGAAGGACUGAACUUUGAACUUUAAGCGUUUGAACCACAAACAUUUCUGCAGAUGAGGGUUUUUUUUUGUUUUGUUUCAUAAAUUAGCUGCUUGAACUUUAUUUAUCUGCAGAGUUCGGGCUCGAGCUCCAGUAGCUGGUUCUACUUCGGAUGCUCCCCAAAAGUUGUAAAAUACUUAGAUCUGUUAGUUGGUUCAACUUCUCUUCUGUUGGAUUUCCUCUGUGAUCUCGUUUUUCAUUUUGUUUUGGCUUUGUUCACAUCUGCAGAAACGUGACAACAAUCAGAUCACAGAUGGUUAUAAGUUAAUACUUAACCUCGCUCUUUUCCCCUUACCAAACACAAUCAUCUAACGUCCUGUGAGUCUAAAUAAGAAUGUGAACAGACACACAUUUGGUAAAUGUAGCGUUGCCUCUAAAAGUUGCCUCUCGAGCGACAACUUUGUACGAUGGUGGAACGCAGGGCCGAAGCUAUUUUUGAGAAACAGGUCCUUCUCUUAUUUUAACCUCGAAGUUUCUGGAAACUUCGAGGUUAAAAUAAGAAGAAGGAAAGUUAACCAGAGCUGCAAAGAAGGAUAAUUUUUAGGGAUGCAUGAUAGCCGAUAUUUUUGCAGAUAUUUCCCGAUGUAUUAGACGAUGCAUAAGAAGUGGGCGUGGAUAAGAAGAUGUCAUCGGUUAGUUUGUAAACAACAAUUAAAAGUUUGGCUUCUCGCUUGCUGCCAUCUUGAUUUUUUUUUUUGGAGCCAGAAGUGACCAUAUUUAGACAUGAGUGGAGACUUCUGUUACUCUCUCUAUUCCAGUUGACGAGAUGCAAUAAGACUUCCGUAAAGUAUCACCUCCUUUAUUGUCCAUUCGACUCUGAAUGGGUUCAAAGUUUAAGAAAUAAACAUCAAGCUGUCUUUAAGAAGACUCAAAACUAGAGGACAAUAUUUAUUAAAACUUCAGAUUGAUAGAGAAUGAGCUUAUUUUCUCAUAGACUUCUACAGAGUUGCCCCCUGCUGGCCAUUAGCUUCAUGUUGGAGACCAAAAGGAUACGUCGACUUGUUCGAUAUUGCCCAUGGGCGGAGGCUUCGUGCAAAUAUGUGUGCUCGUUUUAUGUGUUUUUUUUUUUUAUAUAACUGCAGAGACAAUCAAAUGUCUCAUCUUUUUUUGUGCGCCAAAAAAAGUUUAAACUCCAAAAAUAUUCUAGAAGUCUAAAAUACUUUCCCGUCUUGUUCCAGCUUUACAUUUGAAAGUCUCAUUCUGAUUCAUUGUUUUUAACCGUAUAUUUUCUGAUGGGACAUUUAAUGCCAGGAACCAAACUUUAAAGUCGCAGUAAUUUACCGUUUUUUUCUCCUGAAUUUCAAACCUCAAACUUUAGAAAAGAUUUCAGUUUUUGUAAAAUGAUCAAAUAUUUGAACACGGUUUGGCUCCUGGUUCUUUAAACAUUUCCCCGAUGUGUGUUUGAGGCUACGCUCAGGACCCCCCAUGUUACUCAAACCCUGGCUACGGCCCAGACUGUGAGCAGCAGCUGCAUGCUGGGAAAUGCGGUUCAGUCUCUGUUCAGCUUCUGCUCUGUUUUUAGAGAAUAUUUUAUUUUAUUUUCCUGACUCGUGUUGAUAUUGUCGACUGUAGACAAAGAAAUGUUGUCUUCUGCUCAGCUUCUGAUGCUCCGUUGAAUAUUUGAUUGAUUGAUUAGUGGCUGAUUGAUCGGACCCAAUGAGCCCCGCAGCAGCUGUGUGUGUAUAUAUUAGUGCUUCUUUUCCUGGGAGAGAUCUAAAUCUAUCUAUAAAAAUGUAUGUAUACAUAUCCUGAUUGUAUUUUUGUUGAUCUAUCAAUCAGACGAUGUGAUGGGACCGGACGCCGCAGCCGCCAGUCGUCACUCGUCGUUUUUUUGUAGAAAAGCUUUAAAGGAGACCCGGUGAGCUUCCUGAUGUUUGAGGAGCUGAAAUCUGAUUGGUCGUCUGACCGCCGAGUAGCGAACAAAACACUCAGCAGACGUAGGGCCGACUUGAAGCAGCCGAAUGUAGAAAUGUUUUGUUGUUCUUCUCUUGCUGUUCGCUGUGGGAUCAAUAAUAAUAAUGACAACUGAUUCAUCCA